AGUUGUAGUCGACAACCUACGUCAAGAGAGACUUGAAAACAAUUUCUGGUGUUCAUGCAGUGGGGACUGUGCACCAAUGCCCAUCGUCCGCGAGUGUGUGUGCUGCAAAGAGAUCGCAGAGGUUGUCCAGAAGAUGGAUUCUUUCAACGGUGGUGAACUUGAUUGCAUCACAAACCAUCCAGGAUUUGAGGGGGUUUGUCUCAACCCCUGGGUCCUGGAGACGGCCUAUUACCACUACCGGCAGCAGUAUGGAGGAGGAGGAGGUCGCAAUGAUGCGACAGAGAAUGAGAAGAACCAUCAUGUGGCUUAUCGUCAACUUGCCCGCUGGUGCUGGGGUUUCCUGGGACGAGCAGUAAGGGUCCCCCUUCCAUCGUGCGCCGUGAGAGUGAUCAGGGAUACCUUCCCAUCAGAAGUCUACCGUGGCUUCCAGGAGCUAUGA